CUACUGCUUGGAAAUUAUCGGUCUGAUUCUAAUAGAAAACUCGUACCAAAGCUUAUAACCAUAAAGCAUUCAUUAGAAUUUUCUAACCUACCCGUUUUUUUAUCAUGUAUCCAAGCUCCUGUAUAUUUAUCAUAGACUCCGUUAAAAAUACCGUGCCUCAAACCGUUUUUAUAAGAUUUUUCCUCUAAUUUCCUUGAUCUGAGUAAUUUUCUUGGGUCAAAUCUAUUACAAAAUGGCAUUUUUUUUUAUUUGGAUAUCUCAUCAAAAAUAACGGCUGAAAUGUUAAAAAUGAAUUUGCAAAUUUUAAAAUUUCAAAUAUAUUUUGGCAAAGCGAUUCAAGUGUACAAAUGGCAAACAAAUUGACAAUAACAUCAAAAAUUAUUUUAUUUUGAGGAUAGCUCAUUUUUAUACUAUAUAGGAAUAUAAAGUGACAAAAUCUGCUUCAGUGAAAUCGUAACCCAUCUCUAAUAUUUAAGUUGACAUUUGACAAGUAGAUGUGGAAACAAAACAAAAAAUGGUGGCUAGAAGACGAGGGAAACGAAAAACUCCUACAAAAGCUUUACCUUUCGAAGUGGACGACGAAGAUGUAUCUCCAGAUAAUUCCGAGAGUGACUGUGAUGAACGGGAAUCCAAAUUUUUAAAAUCCGAUUCAACAUUCGUUGAAUCUGUAGUGAGUGCACUUUCUAACCUAGAAAAUGAGACAAAAACAGAAACAAACUCCUCGAAUUCAGUCGUAGUAUUAGAUGAGAUAAUAGAUCUUUCUGAAAAAGAUAACUCUAAUCAUUCGGUAAUUUUGUCGGAUAAAUUAGACGUUUCUGAACCGGACAACAAUUCGCAGAAUGUAGAAGAAAAUUUUAGUGAGGUUUCAACUUGUGUUAAUUUUAACGAACAACCAAUGGAAAAGCAAAAAGAGAUUGAAGAUGGAGAAUUAAUCAUUGAUAACACAAAUGAUAAAGAAUCUCCGAAUCAAUUCAUUCAAAUCAACUUUUCCAACCAAGAAGUCAGUAACCUGUACAAAUCAAAGUUUUUAAAAUUUAUAAGUAGUUUUAAUGAGCUAGAAGUAGUUGAAGAAAAAGAGUUAUCAUUAUCAGUUAGUCUAGAAAAGGCUCUACUGAACGAAUGGCAAGUUUUGGAUGAAACUUUAUGCUUAAAUGACUCACAACCUGUAGUAAACAAUUCAGAGGAUCAUCCUAAAUUACUUCUGAAGGAAGAUGAAGCUCAUAUCGAUAGAACGAAAAAAAAGCGAAAGAAAAAAACUAAAAAGGAAAAGGAUUUAUUCGUAUUGGACACUACACCAUCACAACACGCGAGUAGCAUAGGUUGUGCAAAAUAUAUGAGCAAAUUCAACAUUGAUAUUAACGAUAGUAAUGAAGAGGAAGUUAAAAUUUCACAUCAGACUUGUUUCAACUGUGAGCAGAGCCAUGCUCUUAGAGAUUGUCCAUUACCUAAAAAUUUUACCAAAAUAAACAUGAUGAGGCAGAAAUUUAGAAAAGAUAAACAGACUUCACGCUAUCACUUGGAAGAAGAACAGAAAUACGCCCACUUAACACCAGGAAAAAUAUCAAACAAAUUACGGGAAGCUCUUGGUUUAAAUAAGAACCAGCUACCUCCUUACAUUUAUCAAAUGAGAGUCCUAGGUUAUCCCCCAGGAUGGCUGGAAGAGGCUAAAUUCGUAUAUUCCAAUUUGGAGCUUUUCGACACCGAUGGUAAACACGUUAUACCGGAUAACCAGAGGAAGAAUCAAGGUUUAGAUUACAAGAGAAUCGUUGAAUACCCUGGAUUUAAUGUUCCUUUGGAAAAAGAUUGUGAAGAUGACUAUAAACAGUACAGAGUUCCGCCAUAUUCUGAAAAUUACAGCAAAUCUGCGAUGGUAGAAUAUUUUGAAAAAGAAUAUUCUAAACAACAGGAUGAUUUUCAAACUCAAGACAUGGAUGUUGAUAUGAUUGAAGAAAGUACUAAUGAAAAGUUAUCUAGUAGGAUCAUCCCAGUCGUAGAGGUGGAAAAGAAUCCUCCAUCACCAUCUCUCGUUGACCUGGAUCUAGUUGAUUUGGAAAGUGAAAAAUUAAACCUCUUAGCUGCAUUAGAAGACAGCAGUAGUUCUAAUUUAAAAUCAGAAGAAAAUACAAACGAUGUUCCAUCCUCUGAUAAUAAUAAAGAACCUCCUCCUCCAGGCGAAGAACCAGAAAUUGCUAUCGCUUCAGCAGGAGCUACUUUAGAUGAAACGCUCCCUAACGCGAACAAUUUAGAUGAAACUGUUCGAAACAAAAGCGUUUUAAACACCAUGUUCGGUACUCCUAUAUUAAAAAGCAGUACCCCUUAUUCCAGAUUACCCAAUCCUGAUAACUUUAUGAAAGACGUCAGUCCGGUGAUUAAUUUCGAAAAUUUACCAAAUUCAACUGGUAAAUACAAAAAAAUGACAGGCCUUUUGCAAAAGGUGAGACAGACUCUGAAAAAUUUAGAGUCUUCAUGAUAUUGAAGAAAGUCUUUGCAAUUUUAGUACAAAUCGGUUUUUUAUAAUAGAAAAAAAUUGUUUGGAUUUGGAAUUCAAAACGAGGAUUUUUAUAUUUUGAUUUUAUGGGAAAAAUGAAGAUAAUAUACUUUAUAUAUUAUAAUAAUUAUAGGACUUGACAAAUUUCGAACUUUUAAAAUUAUAUAUUUUUCAUUGGAGACGAAUA